CGAAGCUCGGUCGCGCCGGACUUUUUGUGUUGUGCCGAAGUGCAAAUUGUGUUGUGGUUUGUGACUUGUAAUUUGUGUCAUUGUGGAAGGUUUGUUGUCGACGUUUGAUUUUCGCUGAAUAUACUCCGCAUAUGCGCCGUACUUUCGGAUGAACGUUUUACUGGACGCGAUUGCCAUUAAUUUGCUUCAGUAAGCGGUUCACGAAGUACAUAAGCUUGCACCGGUAAACAGCCGCGCUCUCCAUAGUGCGGCAAGUGCACACUUGUGUGCGUGAGAGAGCACUCGGAUAGACGGUUGUCGAACUUCCAAUGCGAAAAAGCUUGCGGAAGCUUAGCGAUGUGUUUAUGUGCGUGGUGAGCGAGAAAAUAUAAGAUGGCAGCAGAAGCGCGAUCCCGCAACAGGGAAUCCCGAAUUUGAUUGUCGGUUCAGUGAAAAUAUCUCUGUAUAAAUAUUAUACGCAAUAUUUGAAUUUGUGGGAAUCGGCGCUGAUAUUGGAGUCGUUUGGCUUUGCAGAGUUGUCAUGGAGCGGCAAGCACCGUGAACCUGGAAAAAGGACCGGUGAUGCCGCCAACCCUACGCACUAAUGGCAGACACUAACUAAUCCUAAUAAGUGGAUGUUUGUUACCCAUGCGAGUGUAGAUCGGCUUUAGUCACCCAGACAGUUAGUAAUAGUUAAUAUCUGCGUGCAAAAGUAAUCCACCGGCGCUGGACUGGCAUGUCGAGUCGCGCGCUCAGAGUGUCCCCGUGAGCAGCGAAUUGUUUUUAUUUUGUGUUUUCAUGUUCCUUUUGUAACGUGUCACAGAUGACGUCUGUUCCUACGUGAAAUCCGAUAAGAGCGGUCGAGGUAAACAGUUUUCGGAGGCGGAUUGGCUGCUGGCUGCCGUGAAUUAACGAACAAUAUUGCUGCCCCCACACAGAUCCCGUUGACACCAUCCAUCCCUUCACCUUUUCGAGUGCACAUCGGCCGGAGCCCUUUCACGGAUUCGGUUUCGGCUCCCUCGGCCGCGACGGCCCGCCGCGCGGAGUUGUUCACACACCCGCCGCCCGCUGACCCAUCGGGCAAUGAACAUUUUGCGUAGUUUAUUCUUCCAACUAGAGGUGCAAAGAAAAGCCGGGAGCGGGGUCCCGCGACUUGGGCAAAAACGAUACAAGAAAGAUUGCAAACACUUAUACGCCUAAAAUCCAAUAUGAAAAAUCUGAUAUCGAGGUGAGGUGAGUUCGUGGGACCGUAGGACCCGCUGUCUAUGCAAGUGAGGCGCAGUCCAAUUGGAUGGGAUUCUAGUAAGAAGUGUCCAAUUCAGUAAUAAUAGAUAUUAGUGCCGUCUUUGAGUUGAUUCCGUGAUUUUUUGUGGAUUUUCGGUCAGUGUCAAGUCGAAAAGUGGUUAAAUGUGAAAAACCGGACUAGGCUUUUGGCAUUUAAGUGCCAACAACACCGUCGAUUUGUAUUGUCGUCACACAGAAUUAAAAAAAAAGAAAAUUGAAGCUUACACUGGACUUCGUCACAACACGACGAAUCAUAAAAAUCAGAUUUCACGGCGCACAAAUUGCUCUACAGAGUUCUAGACCUGUGGCCAGAACCUUGUGAAUAUGUCGACAGAACGCGAAUUGACACCUGGCACUCCAGCAGCACAAAUUCAUGCAUUACCUUUCACUGAAUUCACGGCAGCAAUCGAGUUCAACAAUGCGCUCAAUAAGUUUAGCAAACUUUACGAGCCACAAUGGACUUCUUCGCCCCCGAGGCCACCGAGUCCUUCCCAGUCGCAGACUAGCUUCGAUACACUCACAUCGCCACCAGCACCAGGAUCAUCAGUGAAUCCAACUUCUGUAACAAGUCCUAGUACACAAAAUGUCACAGGUGCAUCAGCUGUUGCGAGUGCGUCGGCUCUGGGUGUUGUAUCGGCAACACUCCCAGCACAGCCCGAACUGCCAGUAUUUACGUGCCCACGACGACCGAAUCUUGGGCGUGAAGGAAGACCAAUUGUGCUACGUGCCAAUCAUUUCCAAGUAACAAUGCCUCGCGGUUUUGUUCACCAUUAUGAUAUUAAUAUUCAACCUGAUAAAUGUCCGCGUAAAGUAAAUAGAGAAAUUAUAGAAACAAUGGUACAUGCUUACAGUAAAAUAUUCGGAGUACUGAAACCUGUAUUCGAUGGAAGGAACAAUCUUUAUACGCGUGAUCCGUUACCUAUUGGAAAUGAUCGAUUGGAACUGGAAGUGACUUUACCGGGAGAAGGAAAGGAUCGUCUUUUUCGCGUAACGAUAAAGUGGGUGGCACAGGUAUCACUCUUCAACUUGGAAGAAGCCUUAGAAGGACGAACUCGACAGAUCCCUUACGAUGCGAUAUUGGCAUUAGAUGUUGUUAUGCGUCACUUACCAAGUAUGACGUACACGCCUGUCGGAAGGAGUUUCUUCAGUUCGCCGGAUGGGUACUAUCAUCCGCUGGGCGGAGGUCGUGAAGUGUGGUUUGGUUUUCAUCAAAGCGUUCGCCCAUCACAAUGGAAAAUGAUGUUGAACAUUGAUGUUUCUGCCACUGCUUUCUACAAAGCACAGUCCGUUAUUGAUUUUAUGUGUGAAGUAUUAGAUAUUCGAGAUAUCAAUGAACAGCGAAAACCACUGACCGAUUCCCAACGAGUGAAAUUCACUAAAGAAAUUAAGGGCCUGAAAAUUGAAAUUACCCAUUGUGGUCAGAUGCGAAGAAAAUAUCGCGUGUGUAACGUAACGAGGCGACCAGCACAAAUGCAAUCAUUUCCCCUACAACUAGAAAAUGGUCAAACAGUAGAAUGCACCGUAGCAAAAUACUUCUUAGAUAAAUAUCGUAUGAAACUUCGCUAUCCACACUUGCCAUGCCUCCAAGUUGGGCAAGAGCACAAGCACACAUAUCUACCACUUGAAGUAUGCAAUAUCGUGGCUGGACAACGAUGUAUCAAAAAGUUAACUGAUAUGCAAACAUCAACAAUGAUCAAGGCGACAGCCCGGUCAGCUCCUGAUCGUGAAAGGGAAAUCAAUAAUUUAGUGAAGCGUGCCGAUUUCAACAACGAUUCAUACGUACAGGAGUUUGGAUUAACAAUUUCAAAUAGCAUGAUGGAGGUUCGAGGCCGAGUACUGCCGCCGCCAAAACUUCAAUAUGGUGGACGUGUAUCUAGCAUGAGUGGACAACAGCUAUUUCCUCCCCAGAACAAGGUGAGCCUUGCAUCGCCCAAUCAAGGAGUUUGGGACAUGCGAGGCAAACAAUUUUUCACUGGUGUCGAAAUACGUGUAUGGGCUAUUGCAUGUUUCGCACCACAACGAACGGUUCGGGAGGAUGCACUGAGAAAUUUCACACAACAACUGCAAAAGAUCUCCAACGAUGCUGGUAUGCCAAUAAUAGGACAACCGUGUUUCUGUAAAUAUGCGACAGGACCUGAUCAAGUCGAGCCGAUGUUCCGUUAUUUAAAGAAUUCGUUCAAUGCCUUACAACUAGUUGUAGUGGUUUUGCCCGGGAAAACGCCAGUAUACGCCGAAGUGAAACGCGUGGGUGAUACUGUACUUGGAAUGGCAACACAAUGUGUGCAAGCUAAAAAUGUAAAUAAAACAUCGCCCCAAACUCUAUCUAAUCUCUGCUUGAAGAUCAACGUAAAAUUAGGCGGCAUCAAUUCAAUCCUUGUACCAUCAAUAAGACCGAAAGUUUUCAACGAACCUGUUAUUUUCCUUGGUGCUGAUGUCACUCACCCGCCUGCUGGCGAUAAUAAAAAACCCUCAAUUGCCGCAGUUGUCGGUUCUAUGGAUGCACAUCCGUCACGUUACGCAGCAACUGUUCGGGUACAACAACAUCGCCAAGAAAUUAUCCAAGAAUUGAGUAGUAUGGUGCGCGAACUUCUUAUCAUGUUCUACAAGUCGACUGGUGGUUACAAGCCACAUAGAAUUAUCUUAUACCGUGACGGUGUGUCUGAAGGUCAAUUCCCUCAUGUGUUACAACAUGAACUUACUGCUAUUCGAGAGGCAUGCAUCAAAUUAGAAGCUGAUUAUAAACCAGGAAUAACGUUUAUAGUAGUACAAAAGAGGCAUCAUACGAGGCUUUUCUGUGCAGAUAAAAAAGAGCAAAGUGGCAAAUCUGGAAAUAUUCCAGCCGGUACAACAGUCGAUGUAGGAAUCACACAUCCAACAGAAUUUGAUUUUUAUCUAUGUAGUCAUCAAGGUAUCCAGGGUACAAGCCGCCCUUCACACUACCAUGUUCUGUGGGAUGACAAUCAUUUUGAUUCAGAUGAAUUGCAGUGUUUGACGUAUCAGUUGUGUCACACUUAUGUGAGAUGCACCAGAUCAGUUUCAAUCCCCGCUCCCGCCUACUAUGCCCACUUAGUAGCCUUCCGCGCAAGAUAUCAUCUAGUUGAAAAAGAACACGAUUCGGGCGAAGGAUCUCAUCAAAGUGGUUGUUCUGAGGAUAGAACGCCAGGCGCAAUGGCACGAGCAAUUACCGUUCACGCUGAUACCAAAAAAGUUAUGUACUUUGCUUAA